UAUCGAUGUGUUGUGACUUGCUUCAACUUCAGUUUCAAAGUUCACUCUGCACUCACACCAAACUACUGAGACACAAUCCAGUAAUCCUGCUGCGCCAUGGCUGCGUUUGCUCGUGUUUCGGGGUCUGUCGGCUUGAUAACCCUUCAAAAUCCUCCUGUUAACGCACUGAGUGCUGCAGUGAGGCAAGGCAUUGUCGACUCGGUGCAGAGAGCACUGAGGGAGCCCGAGGUGAAGUGUGUCGUCAUCUGUGGCCAGAAUGGAAUAUUUUGUGGAGGAGCCGACAUCAGAGAGUUCAGUGGACCGAUGUCCGGGCCUCCACUUAUACCGAUGAUCCAUUCCAUCGAGGUUGCGGCCAAACCGGUGGUGGCAGCCAUAGAGGGGAGCGCUUUAGGCGGUGGCCUUGAGAUUGCACUUGGCUGUCAUUAUCGAAUCGCACACUCUAAAACCCGACUGGGUCUUCCUGAGGUGACUCUGGGUCUGCUGCCAGCUGCAGGGGGAAGCCAGCGUCUGCCAAGGCUCAUCGGGGUCCCAGCUGCCCUGGACCUCAUUACCACAGGACGCCAUGUGACUGCUGCUGAGGCGCUGCAGCUUGGGAUGGUGGAUCAGGUUACCGAUCGCAACGUCACGGAUGUUGCGGUGAAGUUUGCCUUGAGUGUUGUAGGGAAACCGCUGGAUGCACGCCGGAUAAGCAUGCAUUCGUGUCCACACUCUCCUGAUUUGGAUGAGCUCUUUGAGAGAACAAUGCAGCAUGUGCGUCAGCGUGCACGUGGAGCGAUAGCGCCGGUUGCCUGUGUCCAGGCGGUGCGUGCAGCGGCCACCCUGCCCUAUGCUCAGGGCAUGGAGAAGGAGAGAGAGCUGAUGGCCACCCUCUUCACCUCAGGCCAGGCCCGCGCUCUGCAGUACUGCUUCUUUGCCCAGAGAGCUAUUGGCAGGUGGAGCAUGCCCAGUGGAGCCCGCUGGGACACAAGCAAGCCCCGGCCCGUGCACAAAACAGCUGUCAUUGGUCUUGGCACCAUGGGAAGAGGCAUAGCUGUGACUCUGGCCCAGGCAGGGUUUCCUGUGAUUGCUGUGGAAAAUCACGAGAAGCAACUGAUGGCAGCAAAGCAGGCAAUAUCGGGCAUGUUGGAGCGGGGGGCCAAAAGACGAGGGGUGACUCCUGUGCUCAACAAGAUCACUUACAGCCGUGAUAUUCAGUCUGUAGCAAAUGCCGACCUGGUCAUCGAAGCUGUGUUUGAGGACAUGGCUCUGAAGGAGAAGGUCUUUCAACAACUGUCGGCUAUUUGCAAACCUGGCGCUCUGCUCUGCACAAACACAUCCGGUCUAAAUAUUGACCACUUGGCGUCCCAAGUCCGCAACCCAGAGCUGGUAGUUGGGAUGCAUUUCUUUGCGCCUGCCCAUGUAAUGAAGCUACUGGAGGUGGUGUAUGGGCCGCGGUCUUCUUCCGAAGCUUUGGCCACCGCGAUGGCAGUGGGAAAGAAAAUCGGGAAAGUCAGCGUGGCAGUUGGAAACUGCCAGGGUUUUGUGGGGAACCGCAUGCUGGAGCACUACGUGGAACAGGCUCUCUUUCUGCUGGAAGAGGGAGCCACUCCUGAGCUGGUAGACCAAGCACUGGAGGAGUUUGGCUUUGCCAUGGGUGUGUUCAGAAUGUCUGACCUCUCUGGGCUUGACAUAGGCUGGAGAGUCAGGAAGGGGAAAGGGCUGGCAGUGCCUGAUCCAACCACGGGGCAAACGGCUAGAGUUCAGCAAGGCCGUCGGUACAGCCCUGUGGCAGACCUGAUCUGUGAGCAGGGACGGUUUGGUCAGAAAACAGGCCAGGGCUGGUAUCAGUACAACACGCCUGGCAGUCGGGUUGGUAAACCUGACCCGUGGGUGCACAACUUCCUAAAGGACUACCGAGCCCGGCAUGGCCUGGUGGCACGCCGUAUAGACCACCAGGAAGUGCUGGAGCGCUGCCUCUAUUCCAUGAUCAAUGAGGGCUUCCGCAUCCUGGAGGACGGAAUUGCCGCUGGGCCUGAAGACAUCGACGUCAUCUACGUGUUUGGGUACAGCUGGCCCCGGCACCGUGGAGGCCCCAUGUUCUACGCCCACAUGGUUGGGCUUCCCAAGGUGUUGGAGAGGCUGGAGCAUUACCACCAGGCCCACCCCGAUGUGCCGUCCCUGCAGCCGUGCAACCUGCUCAGGAAGCUGGUGGCCAAUGGGAGCCCACCGAUCCAGAAGUGGAAAGAAGUCAUGAAGAAAAUCAACAGCCGCCUCUGAAGUCAGCUUCCAUACAUCGGUCCUCACAUCUGAUCAGAUGCAUCAGUACAAGUAAUGGACCAGCCAAUAAAGUUGCACUUUUUAACCCAAUGAUGCCGUCUAUUGAUUUCAUAUCUCUUCCGGUGGUGGGUGAUGUUGUCAGAGACUGUGUACUGAGCCAGUGUAUUUGGCACAUUUAAACGAUUGUAUAAUCAAGCCAAAAUGAUCCCAAUCCUUUGUCUGUAAAACUUGUAUGAUUUUUUUUUUGUAUCUGAUUUAAGAAAAGACAAUCUAAUCAGCAUUAUCAAAACCUUGAUAGUAUCAUCAGUAAAUCAUGCUAAAAUGCCAAAAAAGCUUGAAUGUCUUACAUUGCUUGUUAUUUGUCCUCACAAAUCUUUGAUAAAAAGACAUUUGAUUAUUUUCACUGUAUGUACAAUUCAUUGUGAUACUUUAAUA